AUGGCUCGCUACAGUACUAGAAUUGACCCGUCAAAUGUCAAGGUGUGUGUCACCUGGAACGCAACGUACUCGAAGCUCACGACAUGCGACGAGCAGGGGUUGAUCAUCGUGUGGAUGCUGCACAAGGGCCUUUGGUUCGAAGAGAUGAUCAACAACCGACACAAGAGUGCCGUGAGGGACAUGAAGUGGACGAGCGACGGGCAGAAGAUCUGUAUCAUCUACGCCGACGGGGCGGUGAUCGUCGGUUCCGUCGACGGUAACAGGCUCUGGGGUAAGGAACUGGAUAUGGGGCUACAGAACGUCGAGUGGUCUCCCGAUGGUCGCCGAAAAGCCAUCCUGAUCUACGUGCAACCGACUCUCCAUCUGACCACAUACACCAGGAUUCUCUUUGUUACGGCGGUGGGAGAAGUCCUCAUCUACGACGCCCAGGGCAAGCGAUUGAGGGCCAUGACCCUGCCCGAGGGAGCGGAGAUCACCCCGGACUCCACCGGUGCCAACAGUCCGACCAGUGGCAGCAAAAAGAAACCGGCGUUUUUGCGAGACGAAAAGGAUGAUGACGACGACGACGACUCCGACGACGAAGUGAAAGGCGGGGAGGGGAAAACCGGUGGACGAAAACGGGGGGAGGGGAAGAAAGGGCGCGUCAUUUUCGUGGACUGGUAUGACGGUGCCGAGGGACUCCUGCACCCGCAAGUUCCGACGCUGUGCAUUGCGCUGGAUGGGGGCUUCGUGCAGCUGAGCAGGGGCGUGGACGACAAUGCGGCACCCCUUGUCGUGGACGCGCACAUGAGAAUUCGGCAGGCGAUGCUAGCCUUGAGUGGGGUCGCCACGGCGCAUCUCAGCAAGUCCGGGCAGUCGAGAGAGCUUUCCGUUGUCAAACUCUACUCCCCCUACGGGGUACCGCUCCGCACGCUCAAGGUACCGGGCAACGGCAUCAGCAGCAUGGCGUGGGAGGGUGGAGGAUUGAGAAUCGCCCUCGCUGUUGACGCCUACAUAUAUUUCGCCAACAUUCGGAUGGACACUCAGGUUUGCUUCUGGGACCUAAAGGCAGGGGAGAAGCGCGUGAAGCCGCACCGAAACCUGAAGCUUGUCAGUGGGGGUGGGGAGCACGUGUGCCUUGUCACAGGCCCAGACGACAGGGGAAGGGGCGGCGGCGGCCUACGUCUGGCAGUACAAGAACCAGGCAUGUCGCUACUCAGUCGCAACGGACACCUAACAUGGGCAUCUGCAGACGCGUUCAAGGAAACUUCUCCCUUCCGAGACAGUGACUCCGCCACGGCAAUCGCCAUGGCCCUCAAGCGCACGCCCGGUGCCGGCCGCGAGCGAGUCGUUGACCCGGAUAACCUGGCGUCCCCCGCCUGCGCCCCGGAGGCCUACGGCGGUCCUGCGGGGGGCGACGACGAAUCCAACUCCAACCCAAUCACAGACACGCUUGUAUCCGACACUAGACAGAGCAUGAAGGUCGACGGCCGUUUCAAGAUGCUGUUGUCCAAGCGGUGGGAAUCCCACGCCUUGAAAGUAGAGAACAACAUUGUGAUAUUGGAUGGAAGGUCCCCUGGUGACACCUCGAAAGGAGCAGGAAGAGAAUCAUUGGACAACGGACCUUGGGCAAGCUUGGAGAGGCGAGAUACGUGGGACAUGGUAUGGGCAACCGAUGAUCCUAAUCAGUUAGCGGCAAUGGAAAAAACCAAAAUGGUGGUGUUUAACAACGGGGAAGCUGAAGAGCCCGUGCCGUGUACCCGAAAUCUGUGCCGGUUAGAGGGACUCGAGGCCCGAACGGUGGACCUGGAUGAUAUCAUGGCGGCACCCGAAAGCCCAGACAGGUCCGUAGUGGUCGACGUCGAAACUGGCGCGUUGGUAGAGGCACGGGAGCUGAUUACCACGGACGGUCUGCAGGAGGCCUACCAGGCCAUCUCGAAGAAACCCCAUCCCCGCCUUUGGAAGCUGCUUGCUCAGCAGGCGUUGGAGGUCCUGGAUCUCAACAUGGCCGAAAAAGCGUUCGUUAUGUGCGGAAAGAAUGCUUUCCACGGUGUGCGUCUAGUCAAGCGACUGGGCAACAUCUCGGACAGGAUAAGGCGCCGGGCGGAGGUGUAUAGCUACUUCGAUCGCCACGAUGAGGCGGAGAACAUGCUGCGAGAGAUCGACCGGAGAGACCUGACCAUUUCUUUGAGGGAGCGGCUCGGGGACUGGUUUAGGGUCGUACAGCUGAUGAAACAAGGGGGGGGCGACGACGAACAGCUCUGCACGGCGUGGGGCAAGAUUGGCGCGUACUACACGGAGCGGGGAAAGUGGGGCAAGGCUGUGCAGUAUUUCAAGCAAGCCAAGGAUCUAAGGAUGGUGGCGGAAUGUUACUACAGGUACGAGACUCAUAUCCUCGUGGGCACACUAGUGCCGUACCAUAGGAUUUUGCAAUCAGACGUGUUCCCAUCGUUUUUUCGUGCACUGGUGCCGUUUACUCCCACCCGUGUGAGCCCCUCUCUACCCUCCCCUCCUGCGAUACUUUGCCUUCGAUUUUUACUGCGAGGAGAGUUCAGCACUCUCUUCACUCUGUGUACACACGGACUAGCGCUAUCCACUAGGCCAGGAGCGGAAGCGAGAGAAAAACUCACUUUGCAAGAAAAGCUCGCUUACGCCGGGAUUCGAACCCCUGACCUGACCUCUAGAAGGCUUCGAGGAUACCAAUAUGCCAGCCUUAGGGAGCUGGUGGACACACUCCCGCAUGGAGCGACCGAGCUCGCCGAACUCGGCACCAUGUUCGAAUCGGUGGGGCUGGGGGAAGACUCGGUUCGGGCGUUAAUAAGGCUCGGGGACCACAAGGGAGCGAUCGACUCCUGCAUCAGGCUCAACCACUGGAGAAGGUGUGGGGCCAUCUCUCACUUUCGGAACACCGCGACAACAAGAAAUAAGUUUCGUUUGCCACCUGCUACGGUGACGAACCCAAAGCCGGCGGUGCUCGUGGACAAGGCUGUUGCACUCGAUCGAAUGAAAAACGAACAAGUACCGCCUUUGCUACGCAUCCUUUCGUCUCCAUGCGGACUUUUCUCAAGGGCCGUCGACCUCGCAGAGAAGCACGACUUCCCUCAGAUUGAGGCAUUGUUGGUGCGCCACACGGGCCAGCUCUUGCAGAAGGGUGACCCUCUCCAGGCGGUUGAGGUGUUCCGCAUGGCUGGGAAGGCCACCGACGCCGCGCUUCUCCUGGCAAAACUGGCCGAAGAUGCGGGCCGAAGGCAAGUUGAUCCCCUAAGGGCGAAGAAGCUGCACGUACUCGCGGCCUGCGAAGUGGAGCGUCACAGAAAGAUUGCUCUCGGAGGGACCGGCGCAUCUCGUCAGGGGAGGUCAGCCGCAGAGGUAGCGGCCGCCACGGCUGCCACGCUUAACACUCUCAUGGCCACCACGUCAGAGAACGCCGAAGAUAAGAGAGCGGCAAAGGUUCUCGACAGCGCCUGGAGAGGGGCAGAGGCGUACCACUACUACAUGCUUGCUCAGCGUCAGUUGUAUCAGGGAAAAGUGGACAAGGCCGUGCGGACAGCCAUAAGGGCGUUCGUGAAGCUGGAAAUUCUCCCUAAUCAGUCGACCGAGCAGUUGGAGGCGGCCCAGGCUCUAGCUUUGAAGAUAUUCACGCGGAACCCUCCCAUUGAUCCCGAGCCGUUGGAAUCGCACUGUCUGGAGUGCUUGGACGAGGGGCGUUCAUAUCAAGCAUGCACGGUCUCCGGACAGGUUAUCUCGUCCAGAGGAAGAGCGCUGAUGUGCAAGACUUGCCGGCAUUUUGCCAUUGAGUCCGAGCUUGAGAGACGCGCCCAAUGUCCCCUUUGCCACGCACCAAUGCGGUGA